CCUCCUCCUUCUCCGGUACAGAGGCUGAUCCUCUCAUCACAUGGCCUCUGUGGCCUGUUAUCUCUGCUUUCUGACACAGAAACACAGAAACACACACAUGCAGUGAGAGGCAUCCAUUGUUUAAGAGAAGACAAAGGGGAAAUAUGUUAUGUUACAGAAUAUUUGUUUCUUAAAUGCUUUGCCUUAGUUUCCCCAACCAUGAGAAAUGGUCACAAAUUCAUAGAUUGUUACAAGAAUACCAACCAUAAAGCACUUAGAAUGUUUCCCUUCCUUCCCUACACUCAUAAAACCUGUCUCCUUCUCACUCACUUUUUUUCCUCCUCUAACGGCGAGAGAACGAGGGAAAAAGGAGAAUGAGGGCGGAGAGGAGUGAGUGUUUUUGUUCAGGGAAAGAAAGGGGUUCUCCUGCGGUUCUCAGGAUGUUGCCCUUUAAGCCUGGAAAAGUGGGCUUCCUGUCCAGGGUAACAAUCAGAGAAUAGACAAGGCCCUGAGGAUUAUGACGCUGUGUUCCUUCAGCAGCAGACACAGUCACUUUGUGUUGUACACUAAGCAGCUGGAGGGAAGAAGAGUUUUGUGGAACGAUUUCUACUGCAUGGAUUUUUAGAGCUGUAUGGGUGAGGUGAAUGAAAAGAUUCUCAAAAUAAGUUGUUUUCUUGGCCAUUUUUUUUCUUCUCUUUUUUAUGCUUAAAUUGUAUGUGUUUCACUGUUAAUCUCAUGCUCCAAUGCAACUGUUGUACAUAGUACAAUACUGUACAUGCUUGUGUAAUGUUCUGAUUUAAUGUUGUAGAAAUGCUGUACUAAUCUUGUCAUGAUCCUCCUAUCAUCUUCAUCCUUCUCCUCCUCAGGUUUUCCACGAGGAUUUGAGAUCACUGGAUCCUAAGCAGAAUGAAAUUUGCGUGAUGGAUACCUGACUCUAGGAGCCAAUAGAAACAAUUUGAACAAUUGAAUUUAUAGAUUUUAUGAAUGAUUUGGAUUAGAAAACUUGUCUGUCGAGUGCAUCUAUUUCCACCUUUUCUAUCAGAAGUAUUGCAUUUAUGAAUGAAUUGAAUGGAUAUAAAUCCAGAGACUGUCACACCACUGUCUCUCUCUGGGAAUAUAGAUUUGCACCAGAGGGUGAAAUAAGCACCUGUGUACUGUAGUACCUGGUUUCUUGUCAAGGGACUUUGAGGGUAUCCCCCCUCACCCAGAGACUGUCAGAGACCAUGUCCAACAGCAAUGACAGCUGCAACCUCCCCCUGAACACCGACACACUUGGUCUCACCUACAUCUACAGUCUGGCCUUCUCACUGGGUCUCCCUUGCAACCUGCUGUCCCUCUGGGGACUGUACCAACUGGGCCGGUCCGGCGGGGGUGGCUGUCAGCUGGUCUACAUCCUCAACCUGCUACUCUCUGACCUCCUCCAGCUCCUCACCCUCCCUCUCUGGAUCCUCUAUCUCCAGGGGGCGCACCGCUGGCCCUACGGCCGCCCCGCCUGCGAGUUCGUGGGCUAUGUCUUCUACGUCAACGUCUACGCUAGCGUGGUGUUCCUCUGUAUCAUCGCACUGGACCGUUGCCUGGCGAUAGUACACCCGUUGAUUAGUCGUGGCGUUCGGACCGUGCGGGUGGCAGCGGUAUUGGGGGUGGCGGUCUGGACACUGACCUUUCUGUUCUGUUUGGGCGGGCUUCUUCCGUCAGUGUUUGAUGCGGAAAGGCUGUUGUGUCUGGAGCAGUACCCUGUCAGCCUCAGAUAUGCUCACUUUAAGAUUGCUACGGUUGUCAUGGGGUUCCUGCUGCCUUGUGGUAUACUGGGCUACACUUCCGCCCGCAUAGGCGUGACUCUCCAUCACUCACCAUCCGUCUCUGACCAGGGCCGUCACAAAAUCACAGGCAUCCUCAUCGUCAUCACCGUCAUCUUCAUCGUCGUCUUCGGACCCUACCACCUCGUCGGGGGGUACCGUUUCGUCUCCUUGCUCCUCACAGAUGACCCCUGUGAGUUGGAGCGGUCCAUUUUCCUGUGUUACCGGCUGUGCUAUGGCCUGACGAGCCUCAACACCCUGCUGGACCCUCUGUUCUACAUCUUCCUGUGUCAUGACGCCCGUCUGGAGCUCCGCAGGUCACUGACGCCCUGUCUGGGACAGGGGCACACAGCCCCCAAACAGGUCAGACUCAGUCUCAGAGGGCAUCCUGAUCAGAGUGACAGUGUGUAGAGAGACUGGAUUGGACACGUUUUGAGUUUCCUGUUCCUUUGAUUCUGAGGAAGGAGAAUCUGGAUAAACUGUAUUAUGUUACCCGUUUCUUGUUCUUUGAUGGUCUUGAAGUCGAGAGGAGAGGACACAUUUUGUGGUGACACAAGCCAUACACUACAAUGCAGUGUUUUCAUAGACUUUUGCUCAAGGAACUGACUCCACUGGUUUAGCUGCUGAGAAUUGGUGAUGUAAAAAAGCAGCGAUUGUGCCACCUAGUGGGGAGAGCAUGUAUGCUGUUGGCUGAAAUUGGAAAGGGUAUUCCAUCUGCUUCACCUUUCAUCUCAGUCAUCUCUAACUUAUAAUGCACUGCAAUAGCUGCCUCAGUUUAUCGAGCCAUAUGAAUGACUAUCCGUGGAUAUCAACAAUAAUGUCAAAUAUGUCUUGAUUACUUGCUUAUUGCAGUAAAUAAAGUCAUUUUAAAUACCUUA